AUGAUAAGAAAACAAGAGAUGCUUUCGACAACACAAGAGACAGCAACUUUAGAGUGUGCAAACUUUUAUCACAACUAUUUGGCGUUUUUAUGUUACAUUCAAGAUGAAAAUUAUUUUAUAGGGAAACGCGUAUUAAAUAACAAUAAAAGGUUGUUGAAAUCGUUGGUGCUAGCCACGCACGCUAUCGACAGAAUCGCCGUGGAGAUGUAUACGCCUGAGGAGAUGCGCUGGCAGAAAACUCUACUAGGACACACGUUUACGAUGUCGCGAGAGUCGUGCGUUGGUGACUGCGAGAGCAGUACGAAGGCUGUGGUGUCGGCCUUCAAGUCCUGGCUACAGGCUCACGAAGAGGCUCAGGUCAUGUUUGCCAGCGCGCUGGUGGUGGUGGGGCUGUGGUGGCUGGUGAAGACCGUGCUGGCGCUGCUCAUCAACCUCGUGUGUCCCAUCCUCGUCGUUGUGCUCGCUGUGGUUUGCGUCCCGCAGUUACGCGUCCCUCUGCUGGGACAGAACUACCCUCUUCUUGCGAACAUUCUGAGAAGUAUCCUGCUGAAGUUGGCUGAAAACAUUAAAGUGUAAACGUUGAAGGAAUAUAAACUAUCGUGGUUUUUGUAGAACAGAAAUAAUUUGGCCUGUGCCGUGACGUGGUAAAACCGCUCUUCUUUUGCGAUAUGAAGCUUUAUUCCGAUCCUGAGUCGCAAUUACAAA